CCCGGGGGAAGGGGUGGGGGUCGGGUGGGUGUGCCCCGCUCCCGCAGCCGCCGCCGCGGUCCGCCCCGCUCACAAGGUGCCUGAGCCGGAGAAGGAGCAGCAGCGCCGCGUCCCCGCCGCCUCCGCAGCGCCCGCCCCGCCAUGCCCAACUUCGCCGGCACUUGGAAGAUGAGGAGCAGCGAGAAUUUCGACGAGCUGCUGAAGGCGCUGGGUGUCAACGCCAUGCUCAGGAAGGUGGCGGUGGCAGCCGCCUCCAAACCCCACGUGGAGAUCCGCCAGGACGGGGACCAGUUCUACAUCAAAACUUCCACCACUGUCCGCACCACCGAGAUCAACUUCAAAAUCGGGGAGAGCUUUGAGGAGGAGACGGUGGAUGGACGAAAGUGCAGGAGUUUGGCCACUUGGGAGAAUGAAAACAAGAUCUAUUGCAAACAAACUCUCAUUGAGGGAGAUGGCCCCAAAACAUACUGGACUCGAGAAUUAGCUAAUGAUGAGCUGAUUUUGACCUUCGGUGCUGACGAUGUUGUGUGCACAAGGAUUUAUGUAAGAGAGUAAAAAAACACCAUCAAUUUGCUUGUCAUCUGGGCUGAAGUGGAGAACUGUGAACCCCCCCCCAGUGUAACGAGUAUCUGUGUGUGCUGUUCCCAAUGCGGUGUUGUUUGUGACCAUGUGUGUUCUGCCUGGACCCAGAGCCUCUGUUCGCUGUGUUUUGCUUUCGUUCCUCGCUGCAGACACUCUUCUUUCCCACUUUCCUGCCGUUGUUUUCCGUGUCUGCUCUGUGUUUUGUAGUUGUCACUUGCUAUGGUUUCCUCGGUUAUUAAACUUAUUGGGCAUAACUC